AUGCAGCAAAAGGGUGAGAGAGGAAUGGAGUUGGAGGCAUAUCUAACGGGUUCGAGCCUCCCAGAUUGUUCACAUGCAUGUGGGGCAUGCACCCCUUGCCACAGGGUCAUCGUCAGUUUCACCAAAUGCUCGGUCGAGUCGUGUCCCGUCAUCUACCGCUGCAUCUGUAAAGGAAAAUAUUACCACGUCCCCUCCAAUUGA